GUAGCUUAUGGAUUUUCUAUGCAUCAGGCAUUUCUAGUGCUGAUCGCACACUGUUAUUACAAUACGCGCGUUAUUCACUGUUAUUCAUGUCGGGAGCUCGACAAAGGACGACUCAGGAACCGCUGAUGCCUGCGGUCUGUCAAGCAAUGUUUUUGUAACGGUAGCUUACACUAGGGGGUUGGCGGUCACCACAAUAACACCGCCAUCGAUCGCUCCUUAAGCCCUAAAUUAAAGCAAUUUGUUCUGGGGGUACAGUAGUUCAAACACAUCGUCAUAUGCACUGAGUAGAUUAGUGGCGUUGGAGUACGGUGAUGCAGAGGAACUGUUUCAAAAGGUGUGAAGGGUUCAUUUGAGAGAUAGACGGUGGAGGUGGCUGGUACUUCAGUGGUACAGAUAUUUCGAUCCAUGAAACGAGGACUUGACGGGACCGCCUGGUGGUUGACCAAAUUAAAAAACAAAGGAUUUCAAAGGAAACUUUAACAUGGCACUGAACAUUUUGACACGCUUGGUCAUACUGUGUGUGUUAUUUUUGGCUAUUGGUUCAAUGCCUGUGCGAACGAGGCCCGGUGGCCGGAGUGGACACAACAGUGGCCAUGCAGUGGAUAGACUGCCCCUAUUUCCUGACAAGUCGGCGUGGUGUGAAGCGCAAGGCAUUCAACAAGUCAUUAGUCAUGAUGGAUGUACGUCUAAGAAAAUUGCAAAUAAGGUGUGUCUUGGUCAGUGUUACAGUUACAGCGUUCCCCGUACCAUGCCGACAGAGACAAACUCGCAGCUACAGUACUGUAGUUGCUGUAAACCAUCGAGAGCCACAUGGCAAAAGAUACCGCUGGACUGUGUCAUGGACGGUAUCUCGCAGAAAGUAGACAAACUCGUCGAGUUGGUACAAGAAUGCGAAUGCCAGAGCUGUACGGGUUCAGUCGCUAGUGGCUUCGAUGGAUUCAUCAAUCUGUAAUUUUUUUUCUUGAAAAGAUAUUCAAGUGAAACUUAGUUUGAACCAGGUUUAUUUUGGGUGAAACUGGCCUAAAACAGUUCACAAUCUGAUGAGAAAUCACCAGUAAUCCACGUGUCAAAUUGUAAAUAAAAGUUACUGCCAAUGAAGUCUAAGCCUAUAAAUCUUCUGAUAUUACAUGAAACCUUGUACACGUACUUGCUUGGUUUUGCAGUUUAUACAGUUUCUGUUUUGGCAUUGCAUACAUCCAUGUACCUGUAUAACUUUGUAAGUUUUGACAAGCUAAAAAUAAGACCCAGACGACUGUUGGGAAUUAGCCACAAAUUUUCGAUAUCUGUGAAGUGUCAAAAUUUGUUUAUUUUUUUUAUUUCACGUUACAGGCUUCAAUAAUUCACAUACGUGCACGUAUAACAUUGUUUUGUGAUGCAUCACGUUGGUUUACUAAAGACAGGUCAUCAGAAUGUUUACAUGCAUAAACUUAAAAUCCCUUGCAAAUUGCUCGAUAAGAGAUUUACGACUACGAAACCUCGUCAUAAACAUGUACUUUUGCAGUGCCUAAGUACAUACAUGUACGUCACUGCUUGGCUUGAAUUGUAUUACUACUCUCAGUCCAGGGAUUAUGGAAUCUACAAAUGGGAAUAUUAGUUAAUUAUGUAAAUAUGUAAAUUGAUUUAAACAGUCUUGUGUUCAAUCGAUGAAACUGUGAAUCACUUCGCAAUGUUGUGUAAUUCCCGCUUCUUAUUAAGAGCUGAUUAUACACAACAAACAUAACAAAGUUCACAUACAAGCCUCGAUUUUAAUAUUUCUAGUUUACCUUCAUUUUCCUUUAAAUGUAGAAGGACCAGUUUUAAAAUUCAUUUCAUAGAACUGAUACGUGGAAACUUGACUUUUGAAUUCGGAGACCAGCGGCUCCAUGAAGAUCAUUUCAAGUAAAAAAUAUCAUUAGCUUUCAAAAUAUAUAAAUUUGCAAAGUACACUUAUUAUGCUUAAAAAUUAGAAUAAAAUGCGAAAAUAGCUUGGAUAAUUA